CAUACGACUUGCAGCCCGGAGCCCAGCUCAAAGUCAGACUCCCAUCCCUCUUAAUCCCUAUUCGAAGGUAAAGGGGGCUUUCAUACAUGGCAGCACCCACCUUCGGCUAGUUCCAGCAGAAAUAAUGGAACUGCGCAUGGGAUGUGGAAGGUCAAACGAACAACGCUGGAUCACUUCUGGCAGCAGGUAUACCGACCGAAAUUCAUCCUGAUCGUCCUGAUCGCAUUGCUGGGCUGGACUUCACUUCAAAGAGCAUCGCAAAUUCGGGAAACGUCCAGCCCAACCCCAACAAAGGCGUUAACUCCCGGGUCCUUCAUUCGCCCGCCUGACUUGUCCCUUGAUGCGUGGCUUCACCCGUACGUGUUACCUCCAAUACUUCAGUUGCAUUUGUUGUGGGCGGUUAGGCUGCUGGGCAUGAUCACUGAAGACCAUGUCGAAGCGGUAUCGUUGCAAUCGGAGACGGUGCCGAAACGUGUCCUGAUUCUCAAUGUGGUUAGCUGCGUCGUUGGCUUAAGCUCAAUAGCUUGCUUCUUUUCAGCCUUGGCCUUUCGUGACAUUCUGGAGUCAUUCUGCGUCACGCCGACAAAGUUUGAGACCCCUCUGCUAAAUUUGAGAGCUAUCGUCUUCGUCGAGUGCGUCUCAACCGUGCUCGGUCUGCAAGCCUUGUGGGAAAAGCUCGACUUUGUCAUCCCAUCGCACGUGCGCCUCCCAUCCCCCUCGCACGCGCCCUCCCUUGCAGAGGCACUAGGCAUACCUCGUUCGGUGUCUGACUUUCUCGCUGGCCAAGUUUUAGUCGCGCCAGAACUUGCAGGCUCGCCCAGCCAUCAUAUGGAUGAGCGGCCUACUGCAGGUGUGCAGCACGGGGGUUUCCCCCACACCCCUGCGCCUGACCUUAUCCUUCAACCUGUGUCGGGCACGCAGGCUGCAGCUGAGGGCACCACUGCUGGGGCCCCGCUGACGAUUAAUGGACCAGAGCUUGCAUUACAACCCCAGCAGCAGUGGUCUGUAGCACUGGGAAAUUCAUUGCAUUUCCAAUCGCCAUAUCAGGCAGACCCGCAGAGGCCAGGCAAAGCACCCAAUAGGAGAGGUCUACACGUCAUGGUGGAGACAGGUUGGCUAGUGGAGGCUGUAUCAGCACUUGCCAACCAUCUGUUUGCGGCGAUCCAAUAUGUCAUUGUAAUCAUCUCGCUGCCAAGCUUGUCGCCCACCUCACUGCCGCCGCUUCUGGCGCUCCUCGCCCUGCGAAGCGAGCUCGCGGAGUGCACGAUAACUUGGACGACCGCACGUAGCUCGAUCGAAUGCCUCGAUUUCGUCAAUCACCGCUGGGCUGGUCAACGGGCCUCACAACAACUCCCAGACGACCAAUACCCGCAGACUUGCCCCAUCUGCUUUGAGCAAGUGUUGUGUCCAAAUGCAAGUCUUGCAAAUGUUUCCAACGAAGUGCGCAAAGAAGAGCAAAGGACACGCAACAAAGGAGCUUGUAGGCUCGACUGUGGUCACGAGCUACAUCCAGUUUGUCUCGUCUCGUGGUUGGGCAAGCAAGCCUUCUGCCCAGUAUGCCACGUUGCGCUGUCAACAACGCCUCCGGGAGCGCACCUGCGCACUGAAGCACCCUCCUCUCCGGGACCUUAGGUUCUCUUCCAUGUCUCGCCUUGUAUGUGACUCAUAAUAAGUUGCCGAAUCGUCUGUUUCAUUGUAGCAUACAUAUCAGGAUUCUCAGAGCGUCAUGCGUUCGAGCUUCGCUUACCGCAACGG